AUGGUCCCCGCGCCUCACCCUAUGUCUGGCACGGAUAGCUUCACGUCAAGGCGGAUCAACGCGGCUUACUUACCAUCCUUCGAGCUACCUCCACCUCCGCAUCCUGGCUUCCAGGCCAAAUAUCCUCAUUCUGCAGCACAGCAAGCGCCGACUACAUUGACCAGCGUCGGCAAUCUACUUACACCACCAAGCAACAGCUCGGCUGACGGCAUCAGCCCCAGUUCAGCCAUUACGACUGGGUCCGCGUCCAGUCACGGAGGUGUGCAGCCGUACGCAUCCAGCGUCGGUGGUAUGUGGCCACCAUCUAGCACAAGCGUAGCAUCCUCGUAUGUGUAUGCGUCCGCACCAGCACCGCAACCCUUUGGAAGCCGAAGUACACUAUUUUCACCCUCGCUUAACUCGAUUGUGCGAGCGACACAUUCACCUACUGCGAGCGAAAGCCUGCCUCCCCCACCAUACGAGCUUCCACAGUACUCAACGACGAUGUCAAUGUCAGCACCGCCUCUACAAACAGCACACACACAACCGCAACAGAUGAUGAGCGGAUCAACACCAGUCUCUGCAUCCAUGACGCACCCAUCUCCAGUGCAUUCACAGGAGGCUUUCCGACCACCUCCAGCAACAACCUACUACAGUGGAUCACACCAUACAGGUACGCCUCAACAACCGACCUACCCAUACACUUCUGGCCCGUCGCCAAUCCAGCAAAGUCCAAUCAGCGCAGGAGCAUCGAUCCCACGAAUGUCUCCUAUCAAUGGGGCAGGCUCAAUGCCACCGAUUGGCCCACCACCACCACAGUACGGCCAAUAUCGACCGCAUAGCUAUCCACUACCAGGGCCAGUUCUGUCCAACAUUGGCAAUCCAAAUGGACAGCUUGCUCUAGUCGGUGGUAUGCAACACGGCAUGAUGAGCGGCUACAACAGCGGCCACGCAGCACAGAUGCAUCAGAUGUACGGCCACCCGCCUGCAUCAAAUCCACAGAACGAUCGCCCAUUCAGGUGCGACCAAUGUCCUCAAAGCUUCAACCGCAAUCACGACUUGAAGAGGCACAAGCGGAUACAUCUUGCAGUCAAGCCUUUUCCAUGCGGUCACUGCGACAAGAGCUUCUCGCGCAAGGAUGCGCUUAAGAGACACGUCCUUGUCAAAGGCUGCGGCAAAGCACAAGCAGUCACAGACGUCAAGGAGAUCGAUCCCUCCGUCUCACCAAAGAGCGAAGGCUCAUCAGAUACCAGCCCAGUAGUGCGAUCCGCGACCACCUAG